AUGGACCUGGUGCUGAGAGGGUGCCUUCUCCACUUGGCUGGGAUGAGUGUCCUGCUGGCUGCGAGGGGCGCAGAAGGAUCCACAGACCAGGACUGGCUUGGUGCCUCAAGGAAGCUCAGAGCUAAAGCGUGGAACAGGCAGCUGUACCCAGAGUGGACAGAAGUCCAGAGAUCUGACUGUUGGAGAGGUGGCCAAGUGUCCCUGAAGGUCAGCAAUGAUGGGCCUACGCUGAUUGGUGCAAACGCGUCCUUCUCCAUCGCCCUGCACUUUCCUGAAAGCCAAAAGGUACUGCCAGACGGGCAAAUUGUCUGGGCCAACAACACUACUCUCAACGGGAGCCAGGUGUGGGGAGGACAGCCAGUGUAUCCCCAGGAGCCUGAUGAUGGCUGCGUCUUCCCUGACGGUGGCCCCUGCCCACUUGGCCCUUUGUCUCAGAGAAGGAGCUUCGUUUACGUCUGGAAGACCUGGGGCCAAUACUGGCAAGUUCUAGGGGGCCCAGUGUCCAGGCUGAGCAUUGGGACAGCCCAGGCGAUGCUGGGCACACACACCAUGGAGGUGACUGUCUACCACCGCCGGGGGCCCCGGAGCUAUGUGCCCCUUGCUCACUCCAGCUCAGCCUUCACAGUGACUGACCAGGUGCCCUUCUCUGUGAGUGUGUCCCAGCUGCAGGCCUUGGAUGGAGGGAACAAGCGCUUCCUGAGAAACCAGCCUCUGACUUUUGCCAUCCAGCUCCAUGACCCCAGUGGCUAUCUGGAUGGGGCUGACCUCUCCUACACCUGGGACUUCGGAGACGGGACUGGAACCCUGAUCUCUCGGGCUCUUGUGGUCACUCACACUUACCUGGAGCCUGGCCCUGUCACUGCCCAGGUGGUGCUGCAGGCGGCCAUCCCUCUCAUCUCCUGUGGCUCCUCCCCAGUUCCAGGCACCACAGAUGGGUACUUGCCAACGUCAGGUGCCCCUGGCACCACGGCUGGGCAAGGGCCUACUUCAGAAGUCCUAAGUACCACACCCGGUCAGGUGUCAACUACAGAGCCCUCUGGAACCACAGCAGCCAUAAGUACUGCACCUGUGCAGGUGCCAACUACACAGGGCACAGGUACCACACCCAAGCAGCUGUCAACCUCCCAGGGCACAGGCACCACAUUUGCAGACAUGUCAACUACUGAGGCUAUGGGUACAACACCUGCAGUGGUGUUCACUGGAGAGCUCUCUGGAACCACACUUGCGCAGGUCACAGCUACAGAGCUGGUGGUCACCCCAGCUGGAGAAUUACCCACUCCUGAGCCCGAGGCUCCAGAUGCCAGCCCAUUCAUGCCUACAGAAGUCAUUACAGGCUCCCUGGGCAGCCCCCUGCUGGAUGGCACAGCCUCGUUAACGCUGGUGAAGAGACAAGCGCCCCUGGACUGCGUGCUCUAUCGAUACGGUUCCUACUCCCUCACCCUUGACAUUGUCCAGGGCAUUGAGAAUGCUGAGAUCCUGCAGGCCGUGCCAUCCAGUGAGGGGGAUGCAUUUGAGCUGACUGUCUCCUGCCAAGGCGGGCUGCCCCAGGAAGCUUGUAUGGACAUCUCAUCACCAGGGUGCCAGCCCCCUGCCCAGCGGCUGUGCCAGCCUGUGCCGCCCAGCCCAGCCUGCCAGCUGGUUCUGCACCAGGUACUGAAUGGCGGCUCAGGGACCUACUGCCUCAAUGUGUCCUUGGCUGACGCCAACAGCCUGGCAGUGGUCAGCACCCAGCUUGUCAUGCCUGGUCAAGAAGCAGGCUCGGGGCAGGCUCCUCUGUUUGUCGGGAUCUUGCUGGGGUUGAUGGCCGUGGGGCUUGCCUGUCUGAUAUACAGGCGCAGACUAAUGAAACAAGGCUCGGCUCUCCCCACUCCCCAGCUGCCACCCCGCGGCACCCACUGGCUGCGUCUGCCGCGGGUCUUCCGUGCUUGCCCCGCUGGUGAGAACAGCCCCCUCCUUGGCGGGCAGCAGGUCUGAGCGCCCCCGCGUGACGCCUUGGUCUCUCUGGGGUUGACAGCAAUGCCUGUGGGUUCUGCAGUCUUCCUCCAGAGGCAGC